AUGCCUCCGCGCACACGAUCACUGAACUUUUUCUCUUCUCUCCUCUCCAGAAAGACCUACACCCUUAACACCGGCGCCAAGAUCCCCGCUAUCGGCCUGGGUACCUGGCAGUCCCAGCCCAAUGAGGUCCGCGAGGCCGUCAAGGACGCCCUGUUGAAGGGCUACCGCCACAUCGACACGGCCCUGGCGUACGAAAACGAAGCCGAGGUUGGUGCGGGCAUCCGCGACUCCGGCGUGCCGCGCGACCAAAUCUGGCUCACCACCAAGCUGGACAACACCUGGCACCACUGCGUCGAAAAGGGUAUUGAGUCCUCCCUCAAGAACCUGGGCGUGGACUACGUCGACCUGUACCUGGUGCACUGGCCCAGCUCGACCGACCCCAACGACAAGUCUAAGCACCUGCCCGACUGGGACUUCAUCAAGACCUGGCAAGACAUGCAAAAGCUGCCCGCCACCGGCAGAGUCCGCAACAUCGGCGUCUCCAACUUUGGCAUCAAGAACCUGGAGAUUCUCCUCAACCACCCAUCCACCACGAUCGUCCCCGCCGUCAACCAGAUCGAGCUGCACCCCAAUAACCCCUCGCCCAAGCUGGUCGCCUACAACGCCUCCAAGGGCAUCCACUGCACCGGCUACUCGUGCCUCGGCUCGACCAACUCCCCGCUCUACAAGGACCCCACCCUGCUGGCACUCGCCGAGAAGAAGGGCAAGACCCCUCAGCAGGUGCUGCUGGUGUGGGGCAUCCAGAAGGGCUGGAGCGUCAUCCCCAAGUCUGUGAGCAAGGCGCGCAUCGAGGCUAACUUUGAGAUUGAUGGGUGGACUUUGUCGGAGGAGGAGGUGAACCAGCUGGACAACCUGAAGGAUCGGUUCAAGGUUUGUGGGGAUGAUUGGCUGCCUAUUAAGGUUUUCUUUGGCGAUGACGAGUAG